GAGAGUUAUUGGUCUUUCUGUAUAUAAGAGGGUCAGGUGGAGUUAGUUUCCUUAUUAAUUGUAGUGAUUCCUCUUCACUCCACACUGGAUCCUUAGCUACCCAUUCUCUCAUAUAGCUAUGGCAUUGGCUUCCUACGCAUCUUUUCGUUCCUUCAAAUCCUGCUCAGUUUCCAACUCUCAAAACAGAAUUACAGCUUUUGAAAACUCCAAACUUUUUAGGAGUGAUUAUGAUCUCACUAUACCACCAAAGUUGAUCAAUAUUAAUAAUACCCACCAUCAUAAUACUAUGUCAAUAUCUACCCCCUUACAAAAGUCUAAACCUUUCAUUAAUAUUGAUCAUGAUUUGGAUAUAUAUAGAGACGUUAUAAGAAAAGCAGGAGAAGAUCCAUUUGAAGGUCUUAAGAUGAUUGAUGCUAUCCAACGGCUAGGAAUUGACUAUAUCUUCGAGGAAGAGAUUGAUGGAAUUCUACAAAGCCAAUCUCAUCAUAAGUUUUUUAACGAAUUCGAACAUCAUCAUCAAGAUGAUCUGCAUGAGGUUGCUCUUCGUUUUCGACUCUUGAGGCAACAUGGUCACUUCAUUCCUGCUGAUAUUUUUAACAAGUACAAGGACAAUAACGGAAUGUUCAGCAUAAGGCUAAGUGAGGACGUCGACGGCUUAAUGAGCUUAUAUGAAGCGUCGCAUCUAAGCAUAGACGGAGAACAUAUCCUCGACGAAGCUGCCUUAUUUAGUGCUCAACACCUAGACGCGUCCAUGAAACGUCCUCAUCUUUACCAGACAAGAUUUGUGGCAAGGACACUUGAAAAUCCCCGUCACAAAACCUUAUCUAAGUUCACAGCCAAGGACCUUUUAGGUGUUUAUCCUAGUGAGAAUGGGCACAUAAAUGUGUUAAAAGAACUGGCGAAAGUUGAAUUUAAUAGAGUUCAGUUCAUACACAGAAUGGAAAUUGAUCAAGUCACCCAGUGGUGGGGAGACAUAGGUUUAGCUAAGGAAUUAGCUUUCGCCAGAGAUCAACCGCUAAAGUGGUACAUUUGGUCCAUCGCCUGCCUAACCGAUCCAAUCUUGUCAAAACAAAGGCUUGAGCUAACAAAAUCCAUUUCGUUUAUCUAUAUGAUUGAUGAUAUUUUUGACGUUUAUGGCUCGCUUGAUGAACUCGUUCUCUUCACCGAGGCUGUAUCUAGCUGGGAAAACAGUGCUAUAGAAAAGCUUCCAGACUACAUGAAGACAUGUUUUAAAGCCCUAGAUAAUAUGAUUAACGAAUCUAGCCAUAUGAUCUAUCAAAAGCAUGGAUGGAACCCUUUACGCUCUCUUCGAAAGACGUGGGCAAGUUUGUGCGAAGCCUUUUUAGUAGAAGCAAAAUGGUUUGCAUCAGGGCACGUGCCAAAGGCAGAGGAGUACUUGAAAAAUGGUGUGGUGAGCUCAGGAGUGCAUGUGGUGCUGGUCCAUAUAUUUGCACUCUUGGGUGAAAGUCUGACCCAAAACACGAUGGAUUUUGUGGAAAACAUGCCUUCCAUCAUUACUUCUACAGCAUCAAUUCUCAGGCUUUGGGAUGACUUGGGCAGUGCCAAGGAUGAGAAUCAAGAAGGACAUGAUGGAUCGUAUGUGGAGUGUUACAUGAAGGAAAGAGAGAGGUCUUGUAUUGAAGAUGCAAGAGAGGAAAUAAUGGAAAAGAUUUCAGAAGCAUGGAAGUGUCUCAACAAAGAAUGCAUAUUUCGAAAUGCAGUGUUUCCAUCAACUUUCCUCAACGCUUCUCUCAAUCUCGCAAGAUUGGUUCCUUUGAUGUAUAGUUAUGAUAACAACCAACGCCUACCCACUCUUGAACAACUGGUCAAAUCAUUGCUAUAUGACCCUUAAAAAAAAAUAGAGUGGGUAAAAUAAAAAUUAAUCAUGCGAUUAAAUUAUAUAUAUAUAUAAAUAAAUAAAUGAUGAUUCUCCGGUACACCCCAAAAAAGGGGCAUAUUGGUGCAUCCUUUGGUGUUUUUGGCUUGGAAAGUAAUUCCUGCAAUUUUUUGUUAUGACCGUGUACAUUGCAGUUAUUCUGAACUUCCUGCAAAUUUUCAGAAAAUUUCGAAUAAUUUACCGUGCUAAAAAUAAGGUUAAAACAUAUUACCUUCCAUGCGCAUAAAAAAAUAGUCACGUGUGCAAUAAACUAUUUGAACU